AUAUAUUCACCUGCAUAUAUAUCUGUAUGUAUGUAUGUAAAAUCAUCAGGUUGUAUUUAUUUCACACGAAAUACUCCCAAGAGUUGCCCUGUUUAUAAAGAGAUGUUUCGUUCCAGCCGCUUCCAGUGAUGUUCGACACGUGCUCCUCCGAGCUGGGUUCAUCGCAAGAUUAUUUAAACUAUUAUCUUUAUUGUUAUGAUGUGACUUUUCUGCCGGAAAAAACAUGAAAAUAAAUUGGGACAGAGCGCCACCAGAUACCAAAGAACUGCAGCAUUUCUUCACAGAGGAAAGUUUUAAGGAAUGGUCUACGCCAUGUGACUUGACGGAUAAAAUUGUAACAAAGUUCAAAGAACUUGGUUCAUUCCAUGAAUUUUAUUGGCAGAAAGCCAGUGCAGUUGAUUCCAGUAAAUUGGUCAAUGCUGAUGUUUAUUGUGAGCAGUCCCGGAAGCCAUCCGGUGCCGUGCAGCUGGCUUCUAACACCGACCAAACGACACAAGUUCAAUCUGUAACAGAUUCACGUCAAAGUAAUUCUCAGAAAAAUGACGCUUCACCUGUCAAAUCCCAAAAUACGGAAUUUCUUCACCACAAAGAUUGGCAUGUCCCUUACCCAAGGAUUUCCUGGUUCACCAAAUCCGAACAAGCGUUUUACGUCCAACAAUUCCUGUACUUCAAGAACCACAAAAAGCUCGAUGAUAAGGCCGUUUCCAAAUAUACCGAAUUAGCUAAAAUGCAUCAGAGAGUCCAUCUCGAACAGGAGGAAUUCAUGGAUUAUUUGAAGCUGGUCAGUCUGAAGUUCAAAGAACACUAUGCAUUCUUGCCACCUGUGGCGCAAAGAUACAUGCAGGAGAAAUAUGAAGUUGACCUUUCCCGCCUCCGUACCUGUGAUCAGUUUUACCUAACCUUUGAUAAAGUCCCAAUAUUUUCCAACAAGGUGACAACUCAUAAAUUUUGUGACAGUAAAACUGUUCUUGAAAUGGGAAACGUUCCAGCUUGUUUGCUGACAAAUAAAAAGAAUAAAUGUAAAACGGUUCUAGAUUAUAAACAUCUGACAUCACGUUAUCCAAUCCACCAGAAGACACCAGGUAAACAGGAUUCCAGUUGGUGCCACCAGGUUUGCAGUGAGGACCUAAUUGCUGAAGAAUUAGCCAAGAAAUACCAAUGUGAUAUUGUGGUUUCAUCAAGUGUUUUGAAUUGUCUUGUCAGAAACCAUUCCCCUGGCUUCAAGAACAAUUGGGACAUCUCUGUCAUCAUAAAGAACUACAACCUGCCAGGACCCGAGGGAGAAUUCCAGCACAAAGUUGUCUACUUGAACAAACCCUUUUACCAUUCGUUAAACACCCGUGAAAUAAACUCGAGGUUUCACAAGACCUCGCUUGCAAGUAAAAUUUUAUAUCCACAUCAUGUGAAAUGUUUUUCUUUUAAUUCUUGCAAUGAAGCGGAUAACAGCGAUGGUGAUGAUGUAGACGUUACAGAAUUGGAAACGUUUGGCAUCGGUCAGUCUGUAAAGAAAACCUACGAGAAAAACAAACGAAAAGAACCACAAAAACAAAGUACCUUGGCUCCGUCCUCUAAUGACAGAACUACCGAAAGUGCCCAGAAUCUGUCUCCUACGAAGACUUUACCUCUUAAUGACGAUGUAAAAACCUCAAAUGAAAUCAGCGGAAUUUCAUCUGCAAUUUUCUCAGAGAAAGCAGAUCAUUUAGAAAUAUCCGAACCCCUUACGGACCAUUUGGUUUCUCCUAGCAAAGACUGUGGCAGUUUUACUUCCACUCCUGCCGACAGGAGACGCUCGCUGGCGCCAGUCUGUCAUUACUUUCCAGAAGAAUCUACAUCGGCGUCUGAAGACAGUGACCAUUCUUCCCACCUGAUCAUAAUUACUGACGACAACACAGAUUUGGAUAAAAGUAUCGACAAGACACGAUGUGGGCAGAUGGCUGAUGCUGUAUCUAAGAUUAUUUCAGGUUCCUGUGUUUCGGUAAGCAAAACAGUAAGUGCACCACAGACUUCAGCAGUUACAGUCAUACCACUACCACCAGCACCACCAACACCACCAUCAUUAUCAACUUUACCAGUGCAAGAAGACAUUGUAGAGAUACCACUCCAAGACACUCUGGAUACACCACUUCAAGACAGCGUGGAGACAUCACAUCAAGAUAGCGUGGGUGCAGCACAGAAAGACACUUUGGAGAUAGUGUUGCAAGACUCUUCUGUAGAAGCACCACUCCAAGACGGUGUGGAAGUAUCAGCCCAAGGUAGUGUGGAGACACUACAAGACACUAAUGAGGCAUCACUGCAAGAUUCUGUGGAGACUCUGUUGGAAGACACUGGGAAGAUAUCACUACAAGACAGUGUGGAGACACCACUCCAAGACAUGACAAAGGCACUUCUACAAGAUAGUGAAGAAGCUUCUUUGCAAGAAAGUAUGGAAACACCACUCCAAGACACUACAGACACACCAUUCCAAGACAUUACAGACGCACCACUCCAAGACAUUACAGACACACCACUCCAAGACAUUACAGACACACCACUCCAAGACAUUACAGACGCACCACUCCAAGACAUUACAGACGCACCACUCCAAGACAUUACAGAAACACCACUCCAAGACAUCACAGUAACGCCACUCCAAGACAUUACAGACACAUCACUCCAAGACAUUACAGAAACACCACUCCAAGACAUCACAGUAACGCCACUCCAAUACAUUGCAGACACACCACUCCAAGACAUUACAGAAACACCACUCCAAGACAUUACAGAAGCACCAUUCCAAGAUAUUACAGAAGCACCACUCCAAGAUAUUACAGAUGCACCACUCCAAGACAUUGCAGAUGCACCACUCCAAGACAUUGCAGACACACCACUCCAAGACAUUACAGAAACACCACUCCAAGACAUUACAGAAGCACCACUCCAAGAUAUUACAGACGCACCACUCCAAGACAUUACAGACACACCACUCCAAGACACUACAGAAGCACCACUCCAAGACACUACAGAAGCACCACUCCAAGACACUACAGACGCACCACUCCAAGACACUACAGACACACCACUCCAAGACAUUACAGACACACCACUCAAAGACAUUACAGACGCACCACUCCAAGACACUACAGAAGCACCACUCCAAGACACUACAGACGCACCACUCCAAGACAUUACACACACACCACUCCAAGACAUUACAGAAGCACCUGUAAAAGAGAUCACAGAAACACCACUCCAAGACAUUACAGACACACCACUUCAAGACAUUACAGAAGCACCACUCCAAGACAUUACACACACACCACUCCAAGACAUUACAGAAACACCACUCCAAGACAUUACAGAAACAACACUCCAAAACAUUACAGAAACACCACUCCAAAACAUCACAGAAAUACCACUCCAAGACGUUACAGAAACACCACUCCAAGACAUUACAGAAACACCACUCCAAGAAAUUACAGACACAUCACUCCAGGACAUUACAGACGCACCACUCCAGGACAUUACAGACGCACCACUCCAAGAUCUUACAGAAACACCACUCCAAAACAUUACAGACACACCACUCCAAGACAUUACAGACACACCACUCCAAGACAUUACAGACACACCACUCCAAGACAUUACAGACACACCACUCCAAGACAUUACAAACACACCACUCCAAGACAUUACAGACACACCACUCCAAGAUCUUACAGAAGCACCACUCCAAGACGUCACAGAAGCACCAAUCCAAGACGUCACAGAAGCACCACUCCAAGACAUUACAGAAGCACCUCUCCAAGACAUUACAGAUGCACCACUCCAAGACAUCACAGAAGCACCACUCCAAGAUCUUACAGACACACCUGUGAAAGACACGCCAUCAUCACCUGACAGUGAAAGAUCUUAUCUUCAUAGUUUACCAUUCCUGGAGAAAGAAAUGAAAAUUAUUCCCACAGAAUCCGAUGGCAAUGUGUUUGUCUUCCAAGACGUUCCUGAAGAGAAUUCUUCUCCCGUUAAACCCACGUUAACGAGUGUACCUGAUGAACCUUCACAGUUCUCCCAUCUUAUAAGAAAUGACAAUAUUUCCUAUACUGUUUGGAACUUUGGUGAACUUAGAAUCCUGGUUCGCUCCAGGUAUCAUGCAGUGAAAAGCAAAAACAAACAGAAGAAGACUUUUCUUCAUCUUUUACCAAAGUUGGAAUAUCAGAGCAAGUUUGGUUAUGAAGAGACGACCCAAGACGAACUGAGCAAAAUGUGGAUCUCGUCUCUUAUUAGAAAAGAAAUUCCAGUUUUAAAAGUUCGGAUUGAUGCUUUCACUUCAGAAAUUUUGAUGUACGAAAUAUACAAUUUCCCGAAAAUUCUGCAGAAAUUCAAUCCUGUCCAUUGCAACACCUUUCUCUACAACAUUUUCUGCAAACUUCACAGUCUAAAAUCUUCAACAUAUCUGCUGAGCCAUUGUGCUGGAGAGACCAGUUGUAUGAUAAGCGAAGCUGUUUCAAAUCGUCCUACCAUAUUAAACUGCUCUGACCUCUACCGGAAAUAUUCCAAGAAUAUCAAUGCUGCUCACCCACUCAAUGUGCCAUGGAUUCCACUCGAUACACAACUUUUGACGCCUUAUCACAUUUCUAAUGGACGGAUCCCAGCAACAUUUAAUCCAAAAGGUAAAAGAAAAUGGAAGAAGAACAACUCUGGAACAUCCUCACAAAAGACCGGGAAAAAAGCCAAGAGAUCCUGAUGUAAAUAUCAUGAGAAUAAAAACUGUAAAUACUCCUACUUGAAACAGAUCAUAACCAACUCCUGAGCACAAGUUUGUGUGGAGC